AUGGCCGACGACGACUACGAGAUUGAUUUCUAUGGCGACGCCGAAGACCAGCAGCAGCAACACACUAGUAAUCACCAAGGUGGCGACCAUCACGAUUACCACGACUCGGCUGAUGAUCAUCACGACGCGGCAUCAAAUUCGAAUACUCACCACCACCACGAUCGGGACCACGACCGGGACCACGAUAGCCACGACUCCAAAUACCAUUCCGACGGCAAGCAUGAAGAUGAGGACGACCUGCCUAUUGACCCCGGAGCCACCACCGCCCUCAUGGUCUCCGAGCUCAAUUGGUGGACAACAGACGACGACAUCCGCGGCUGGCUCAAACAGGGCGGCUGCGAGGACGGCGUAAAGGACCUCACCUUCAGCGAACACAAGGUUAAUGGAAAGAGCAAAGGCCAAAUAUUCAUCGAGUUCUCCACGGUCGCUGCCUCAUCAUCAGCCAAACACCUCAUCGACAAGAUGCCGGCCGACGGCGGCCACCUCGGCCAGAAGAAGAUCUCCACCCAGUACUGGAACCCCAACAUCAACCCCUUCCGGACGCUGCCUAAGGAUGCUCCGGCACGAGGCAAAGAUCAGACCCGGGGCGGCGCCUCGGGCUCGUACAACGAACGCGGCAACUACAACAACGCCGGAGGCGGCUUCUCUAGGGGCCGAGGCGGCUUCAACGGCGGCCGCGGGAACAUGAACCAGAACAACUACAACAGGAACUUCAGCGGCGGGAACAACAUGGGGUACAACAACAACAUGAUGGGCGGCGGAGGCUUUAAUGGGCAUAAUGGACAGGGCAACUUUGGCUUCAACAACAGGGGCAUGAUGGGCGGUAUGCGAGGCGGACCCAACAUGCGCGGCCGGGGAGGCAUGAUGAUGAACCCCAUGGGGAUGGGAAUGGGUAUGCCCAUGGGCAUGAUGGGACCAGGCUUUCAAGGGAUGCCUGGCAACUUCAACGGCGGCUUUGGCUUCAACCAGAACCAAGGCGGCGGCGGCAGCAGCGGCGAUUGGGGAAACCCCCAUGGAGCAAAGCGACCCCGACCCGAGUGA